AUGACCACCUCCCCCGACCGUAAUCUCAAAGAAGAGAUUUUCCAAGCUCUGAAGAAGGAAAACUACGAGUUGACGUGCGAAGUGAUGGCUAACAGCACCGCCCUUGCCGUCAAAAAUGGACAAGUCCGAAAGUUAAAUGGACAGGUCAAAGAGCUCAAUGAGACGGUUGCUCAGCUCAACGAGAGGGAGGCGAAAACUCAGAAAUUGCUUCAUCAAUUCGAGAAAAGUGAGAUGGGAUUGCAAUUGGAGAUAAUCAAUAUGAGAAAGGAGAUGGAUGGGAAGGAGGCCAAUUUGAUGGAAUUGAACAAGGAAAUCAAGGGAUUGAAGGAUCGGGCUGAAAUCGAUAGUAUUGGCAAAUUGGUUGAGGAAAUGAAGCAACAAACCAUCAGGGAUGAGAAACUAGUCAAACAAUUUAAAGUUAAAUACGGGCAGCCGAAAAAUGAGUUCUUCAAGGAUAGUCCUCUGGAUGCGAUGGGAUUGCACAAGGAGAUAAUGGAGCGGAUGGCAGUCCAGAAGGAACUACUCAAUAAAGAGGUUAAUGCCAAGAACCCGGCAACUGAAUUGAAGUUGUCAAAGGAGGAACGGGCGGAGCUCGAUCGUGUUGCCAAAAUAGGGGAGAAUGAGCAGCUGAAAACUCAGUUGCGGAUGGUGGAGAAGAAGUUGGAGGAGAAUCGGGAUAAGAUGGAAACGAUGAAGAUGAAGUAUGAGAUAGAGUUGAAGGAGACAAACGCCCACCUCGCCGACAUGGUAAGCAUCAAGGACAAGAAAAUCGCCGAGCUCCAAGCUAAAAUGGAACAAACCGUCACCACCAACCAGUGCCGAAUGAAUCAACUCUUCUCGGAAAUUCAACGCCGUGAGGAGAAGAUUCAAGAUUUGUCUCAUGAGCUUCAAGAAGCGCAAGCUAUCCUCAGCGGCUUCAAUUCGCCAAAGGCGCCCCAGCCGGAAGGAUUCCAGAAGGAAACUAGAGAGGAGAAGCUGAAAAAUCAGUUGCGGACGGUUCGGGAUGAGAUGAAAAUGAUGAAGAUGAAUUAUGAGAAGAGAUUGAAGAUGGGCGAUGAGACAAAUACCCAGCUCGUCGUCGUCAUAAAAACCCAACGUACCAAACUCGCCGAGCUGGAAGUUUCAAGCACCGUCGAGAUCGCGCCAGCGGUGCCCCAGUCGGAUAGCGAGCAAUUUAAAAAUCAGUUGCAGAUGGUUCAGAAUGAGAUGGAAAUGAUGAAGAUGAAGUAUGAGGAGAGAUUGAAGAUGGGCGAUAAAACAAAUACCCGCCUCAUCGGCAUCAUCAAAACCCAACGUACCAAACUCGCCGAGCUGGAGCUCCAGGAGAUAACUGCGGCUCUCAAAGACUUGAAGACCGAAGAAAUUGCGCCAGAGGCGCGCCAGCCAGUGGAUAGCGAUGGCGAGGAGUGGGAGCACGUUGAAGAGGCUGAUACCGCUUAA